UUCAAUAAACUAAGUUUGUAUUUGUUAUACUCUCUUGACUCGAGCUUUCAUUAUUUUCACAACCCCAGCUCAAAGUGUGAACCGAGGAGUGGCACACUCAGUGCUGUGUCUGUGGCAAUAUCGUCUUUCACAGAUUGGCGAGGUCUGACCACCUCUAUUACUCUAGACUUCUAGCGCGCGCCACGCCCACACGAAGCAAUGGGAACGCUGAAAGUCGCCUGUCCGUUGCCAUGCUUUACAAAACCAGCUUUAACACGUUUGAUGUGAGUUAAUGUUUAAUUCCCCCGGCUGCAACGUGGCCUUUGAACCGUUUUGCCAUAUUUAAUAAAUGAUGACGCUCGUGACGCACCGGUGCCGUAGUUAAGUGCGCGCUCCGCGGAGCAGCUCAGUUGUUCGCGUCGACUCUUUUGAACCCAAGUCAAGUCUAUUCCAGCAACAUCCCAAACAGGACUCUAGCUGCGGUCUCAUCUUAACUGCAGGAUAGUGUCAUGUAACUCAGUCAGCUUUGACACCUACUACCUGGACAUGCGUGUGGCGGUGAUUGGAGCUGGGGUCAUCGGCCUUUCCACUGCCCAGUGCAUCUACGAGCGUUACCACUCUGCGGUCAGCUCGCUCUCAAUUGAAGUGUAUGCUGACCGCUUCACACCGCAAACCACCAGUGAUGGGGCCGCUGGCUUGUGGCAGCCGUACCUCUACGACAACGGCAACACCUUGGAGACCAAAUGGAAUAAGGAGACGUUUGACUAUUUGUUGGGCUUCCUCAAUUCUCCUGAUUCCAUCAAGAUGGGGAUUUUCCUCCAGUCUGGUUACAACUUAUGCAGUGACCCUGCUCCAGACCCUUCAUUCAGAGACAUUGUCUUGGGUUUCAGGCAACUUGCCAAGCGAGAGCUAGACUUGUUUCCUGGGUACAGCCAUGGAUGGUUUAACACAGCCCUUAUGAUUGAAGGCAAGAGCUACUUACCUUGGCUGAUGAACUGGUUAAAGCAACGUGGGGUGAAAUUUUAUCAGCGGAAAGUCAGUUCCUUUCAAGAGCUGGCAGACUCUGGGGUGGAAGUCAUCAUAAAUUGUACAGGGGUGCGAUCGGGGGAGCUGCAGCCGGACCCCGAGCUCAAACCCGGCCGGGGCCAGAUCAUAAAGGUCAGUGCUCCAUGGCUGAAACAUUUUAUUCUCACACACAAUUUCAAGAAAGGAGUCUACAAUUCUCCAUACAUUAUACCAGGGAGUCGCCAUGUUACUGUUGGUGGAGUAUUCCAGCUUGGGAACUGGAGUGAGCAGAAUAGUACUGCAGAUCAUAAGAAAAUCUGGGAAGAGGCCUGUAGCUUGGAGCCGAGUCUCAAGCACGCCAGGGUGAUGGAGGAUUGGUCCGGGCUGAGGCCUGUCCGCAGCAGGGUUCGACUUGAAAGGGAGAUGAUGCAGUUUGGACCCGCUUCCUGUGAGGUGAUUCACAACUACGGGCAUGGUGGGUAUGGCUUGACCAUCCACUGGGGAUGUGCCCUGGAAGCUGCCAGGCUCUUUGGGGAGAUCAUUGAGCAAAAGGGUCAGGGAGAUCGAUCCCGCUUGUGACCCACCUUCCAUCUGCAUGUUUCGCAACAGCACCAGUCCAUACUGGAAGAGACCAAUAGGCUGCAUACCUGGUUUAAAGUGCCUUGAAAGAACCAUGUCUAAGUGACCUUAAAGAACACUAAAUCACAUAAUGCCAAUUUCUGAAAUGUGUAUUUUAACUAUGCGAUAGGGUAAUAGAAAGGUAUUUUAAUUUUGGUAUAAAACACACACAUCCCCUGUUAACCAAUUCUUAUUUGUUUGUGAAAACAAACUGGAUAUUGAAAUAUCAGACAAAUAUACAGUUGGAAUAGAGGUAAUAAUGAAUUUUCUUUUCACUUCAUAUUUUAACUGGAAAUUUUAGCAUUUAUUUGUAUUUAUACACAAUACACUGCAUCUCGGGCUCUUUCACUUAGCUGCUUGCCACAUUUUUUCAAAUAAGUUUAUUGUGCUGGACUGAAAGCUGUGGCCCAGAGUAGAUGCAGCAGACUGUGUAAAUGAUAGUUUGAACCAAUUAAAGAUGACUGUUGUUAAUGUGCGUGCCUUGCGAUGGACUGGCGUCCCGUCCUGGGUGUGUCCCCUCCCCCUCUGGCCUUGCG